AUGUCAUCUCUCUUCAAAUAUUCUGCGGUUCUGCAGACCAUCAAGGCGCGUGAGCAUCAUCACAGAUUGAAGAAAGAGAAGAAGAAAGUGUUUAAGCAAGAAGAGACAGAUUAUAAGACACAUUAUAAUGCCUUGAAGAGACUCUAUGACACUAAGCUGACAGAGAAGAAGAAGAUUGAGGCCUUGUUUAGGUCUCAAAUGUGCUUCAUGAUUCAUAAUAUUGAGAAGACAGCCCUGCUCUCUGAGCAUGUCAAUCUGCUUGCUGCUGAGGUGGAACCUGAGACAGCAGAUCAGAAAAUGCAGGAUUUUGAGAUACAGGUUGAUCUGGCUGAGAAGAAGCAGCAGAAACCCUCUUCUGAGAAGACAGUGAAAAGAGAUUUUAAGAUGAUUAUCAUCUCAGAUAAGAAGAAGAAGAAGAAGAAGAAGAAUGAGAAGUGA